AUGUCAGCAGAGUUCACAGAGCAAGACAAGGAGGACCUCAGGGAGAUCUUUCGCAUCUACGACUUUUCUAAGGUCAACAAGGUUGAUGACUCCGUCACGCUGGCCCAAAAGGCCGGCCAGACCCCCGCCGAGCUGUUCGAUGACCUUUAUCAACUCUUUAAGAUCCAGAAACUGCCUCAGCGAGAGACGGUGGCCAGGCGAAUGCGCGAGGCCGUCCCCAACGCCACCGACGCGGAUAUCGAGAGCGUCAUUCGGCAAAGCGAGAUGAAAGGUUUCACUGAGCGCGACGCCCUGCGCUCGCUGGAGCGCAAGUACAGUGUACAGCACAUCAAUAAGCGUGUUCUGCUUGCUUCGCGCGGCAGCCACUCAAGUCCACAGGGCAAGGCCCUCGAGGAGGAGUCAGAGUUGGGGCACGCGGCCGGCUCGCUGCACCACAUCAAGGUGAGCGAGACCAGCCUGACGAGCAGCACACCUCUGGCAGCCAGCGGCGAUGUGACGGAAAAGGCGUCUGGUCUCUCUCUUAUGUUUUCCCGGCCACCCAGUAAGCUGAGUGGAGCGCCGACGCGUGAGGACCUGGACGAAAUCAUAGCCGAGGAGGUGCGUGAGUGGGUGGCGAAGAUGGUGGGAGUCAAGCACAACGCGGAUGUGUGGUCCAUGCCCAACUUUGUCGAUGCCCUGCGCUCUGGUGUCCUGCUGCACGUGCUGCUGCAGAAGAUGGAAAGUCCUCCCGUUUCGGACGAGGACCUGAAGCUGCCGAAGCGAACGACCGGCUUCUUCGUUCGUGACAACGUAGCCACAUUCCUGACGACAGCGAAGAGUCGCUACGACCUUGUCGACGCGCAACUCUUCACCGUCUCGGACCUGGUGGACGGCAAGAACGACCGGCAGGUGGUGACGUGCUUGAUGUCAAUAGCGCGCAUCGCGUACAGCGCUGGUGCCAUCAAGGACGCGCCUAACAUUAUCGUGUACGAGCACGAGAUUGAGCAACAGCAGAACCGCCUUACCCGGCUCGAUCUGGACCGUAUCGUACAAGAGGCGGAGGCCGAUGAGGGAAUGCGCAGCCUCGUCGCCCGCUCCGAUGACCCGGCGGAAUGGCCAUCGAGCAAGAUGGCCCCUGAGCCCGCCACCGCGUCGCCGACUGUGCGUUCGUGUGACGAGUGCCCAGGCUUCGCUGCGUCUUCUACAGAGGAAUCACUAGGCGUGUGUGAGAGUGCGUUCACGCAACACGAGUUGGCCUCUCCUGAAGUUACAGUGGAGGGACUCGCGCGCUGCUCUGUCCCAGACACAGCAGCGGUGUGCGACACGGAUAAGUUGAAUGACAAACGUAGCGAAGACACAGCUGCGGCGGCAUUGGCGUCUGCGCUGCCUUCUGAACAAACGCCGCGGAGGGUGCCGGCGUCUCCGGCGGGUAUGCAGCCGCCAAGCACCUCCGCCAUCGAGUGCGCGGCAGAUCCGAGCGUGUUGUCGACACCGACCGAUGUCGGAGAGCACUCCGUGCCAGGAAACGCGUCUGUGGGGCAAGCCUCACCGACGAGCGCGCAGCUUACCCCCGCCAAAAGCGACGAGGCGCUGGCGGCAGCGGCGCAACGCACCGCUGUCGCACAGCCGGCCGAGACGACAGAGGAGAAGACUUCGGCACGAGAAACGGACGUGUCCGAUGCGGCGCCAUCGGAGCGACGCCGCAGUGGUGAGGAGGACAGCGAUGGCAGCGGCCGCGUCUUUUACCUGCGCGAUGGCAUGAUCCACCUAGCAAAGCCGACGCCGAUCGAGGAAAAAGUGGUUGGUGUGCGUAGCAAGAAAACAGGCCCGCGCGUCGUCUGGAAGAGCACCAGCACACCCUUAGAAGCUACGCAGCCGCCGCGAUACCAUAGCCGACACUGGGACGGCAUCGAUGUCGUGCUGGGUCGUCAUUUGAAUGCGCAUUACGAGAAGCACUGCCAGUCUCCGUGGCGCUUUCGAACUGUCACGGCUACAUCCGGCGAGUACGUGUUGUACAACCGCCUCAAUGCUAGCAGGCGUGUUGUGUUCCUGCGUAUUAUUCAAAAGAGGCUCUUUCUGCGCAACGCCGGCAAGCACCAGCGGUGGAUUGAGAUUGAUGAGGCCUUAGGGGGACUGGAGAAGCUGGAAGUGUAG